UAAACAUAAAUUUUUUUUUUCCUGAUAAUCGUUUCAAUUUUUUCGAGCUGAGUAUAUUUUCAUAUUGUGACGAUUCAUACUUUAUUCGAUUGUGUGCUUUUACUUGUGCACUACAAAGUUACAGAUACUUAAGCUCUAGCUUACUACAUUAUUGGGAUAUUAUUUUAUUUAUAAAUAAUAUACCUUCUAUUGCUAUGGACCGUGUCAGUUUCCGUGGACAGAGUGGCCCUGUUGGUGAUGGCGAUCAAGCAUCUGAUGAUAAUACCAACCCUGGUUACCUCAGUGCUAAUGAGCGACGUGAGUUUUUGCAUGGAAUGGUGAAGUCACUGCCUAAUGCAUUGCAGGCUCGUGUUACUGUCUUGAAAAACUUGCAAUUGGAACACUUGAACAUUGAGAAGCAAUUUUAUGAUGAAAUAUUUGCUUUGGAGCGCAAGUACCACAAAAAGUUCGAAGUAUUAUAUGGCAAACGAAAAGACAUCAUCUCAGGUAAACUUGACCCCCCCAAGGAAAAUCCUAAGUGGAAAAACAAUGAAGAUGAAACCACCGAAUAUGAAAUGCGUACUGACUAUGGUAAUAUUCUUAAGUCGUUUAAGGAUGUUACAGAGGACACCAAAGGUAUUCCAAACUUUUGGAUAACUUCCUUCAAGGCAUGUGAACGUUUUUCUGAUCUCAUUUUCGAAGACGAUGAACCCAUCCUUAAGUGCCUCAAUGAUAUCACUAUUUCAUACAGUACUUAUGCAUUCACAUUACAAUUUCAUUUCGAUGAGAAUGAAUAUUUCACUAAUGAUGUGCUAACUAAGACCUAUUAUUUACGUGAAGGCCUCGAUGAGGACUUCCCUUUCACUUAUGAUGGGCCCGACAUAAUAAAAUGUGAAGGCUGCACCAUUAACUGGAAAGAAGGCAAAAAUGUUUUGGAUAUAAAGCCGAAGAAGUUAUCUGAAAAAGAUGACGAAAAGGAUUCGACAGUCAAUGAAAGCUUCUUCAGUUUUUUUAGCCCACCAAAUCCACCAGACAAUAUCGACGAAGUCGAUGAUGAGACUGAUGAAUUGCUUGCAGCCGAUCAUGAAUUAGGGCAAUUCAUAAGAGAAGAAAUUAUACCACGUGCUAUUUUGUACUUCAGCGGUGAAAAAAUUGACGAUGAAUCUGAUGAAUUCACUGAGGAAUUUAGCGAGGAACACUCCGAGGGGGACAAGUCUGGAGGUGACAACCAAGGAACUGACAAGGCUGGUGGCGAUAAAGCUGGUGGCGAUAGAUGCAACAGUGAGGGAAUUAAUUUUUAAUAUUUUUCACUUUUAACAAAUUGUUUGAUUUCAUUAAUCUAUUUA